AUGAGAGAGGUUAUGAAAGGUGGACCUUGCAUUGCUUGUAAGGUUCUUAACCCCAUUGAUGUAAAGAAAAAUGCCACCAUACGACAACUUCAAGCCGAGAAUUUGCGACUAAAGGAACAGAUUGAGAGGUUGAAAGUUUGUAAUAUUCUUGGGGGCUUGAGAAUACCUAAACCGAGAAGCCCCAAUGUACCACCACCUACGGUUGUUUCUUCGACGGAUCAAUUAGGAAAUUCGUUAAUGCAACUUAUCAACUCUAACGUGGAUUCUAUGAUUACAAGUAUGAAUCCACAGUUAGAUUUCGAGACGAGGAGCAUGAUUCGAACAAUUAUAUCGGCUAGGUAUGAGCUAGUGAGCCUAUUGCAUACAAAUGCUUUAUGGCUGAAAGAUAUGAUGACGGAUGGAAAGUACAUCAUUAAUAGGAGUGAAUAUGAUGCAAAAUUCUUGAAAACAAGUGCCCGAGAAAGCCAAAAUCUUAGAGGAUCGCGUACUCGCAAGGAAUCAUCUAAAUAUGAAGGAGUCUUAAGCAUGAGUGCUAUGGAAGUGGCCGAGAUGUUAAUGGAUUCGAAAAAGAGGAGAGAUCUUUUCCCUACCAUCAUAACAGAGGCCACCAUGGUCCAUGAGUAUAAAAAUCAAGCCACUCCUCGCCAAGUCGGGCCUAUAAAACUGGUUUAUGAGCAGAUGCAUUUAUUGACCCCAUUUUUUACUCCAAGAGAGUUUUGCUUUGUCCGAAUCUGUGAAAAGGUCCUUAAAGGAGUUUGGCUAAUAGUGGAGGUCUCUCAUGAUUUUCUCGUCAAUAAAUGUCAAGUCAAUUCUCCCGCUCGUGCAUGGAGGCUUCCUUCUGGCUGUCUAAUCAAGGAUGUCUCUCCUGGAGUCUCUCAUGUGACCUGGAUUGAACAUGUAGAAAUAGAUGACAAGGUCUCAAUUCAUCAUCUCUAUAAAGAUGUUAUCUUACGUGGAUUGGCCUUCAGGGCAGAUAGAUGGGUUCAAAUACUAUCGAGGUCCUGCCAUAGAAUUGGUUCUUUUAAGAAUGACUCGCAAAACCAAUUUUUUUGCACUCAACAAGCCAUGGGAGAUGUGAUGGGUGCGAUGAGGCCAGAGGAUAAAGAAUGCCUAAUGAGGAUAACCGGCAAGAUGGUGAAGAGUUUAUGCACCAAUAUGACCAUGAAAAACAACAUUGACAUGCCUGAACUUAGAGAUACUGGGAUUUUUCUCUCUUUAUGCCAAGGUGAAGAAAUCGAUAAUGACACAUCCAAUGGCGUAGUUGUCAUUGCAACUACCUCAUUUUGGCUACCCGCUUCAUUUGAAGCGGUUCUUGAUUUCUUAAGAAAUGCUAACCAAAGAGCUAAGUGGGAUAUUUUUUGCAAUGGAAGACCAGGGAAGGAGAUUGCUAACAUUACUUUUGGAGAUCAACUAGAUAAUUCAAUCUCUAUGAUCCAGCCUUUUAUUGAAAAUGCGGACAAAGUGAUUCUGGUUCAAGAGAUUCUAGUGGAUCCUCUUGGUGCGGUUGUAGUCUAUGCUCCACAUGAAAUGGAAGACUUGAACGGGAAACUACAUGGUUCAUUGUCGAGGAGCGUACUUCCAUCAGGUUUUUUCAUCUCUAAAGAUGGAAACCCUCUAAACAUGCAUGUUGAUUUUGGAAGAGCCUCUACUUCUACUCAUGUUGUACCACCUGGGGCCAAUGGUUCGCUCGUUACUGUGGCUUUUCAAGUUGUGUCUUUAUCUCGGGAAAUCGAGAUGGAUUUCGUCAAGGUUUUCACUUCUCUUGUUACUUCUACUGUUGACAACAUCAAGUUAGCCUUCGAUUGCCCCAACUCCAACGUGUGA